AUGAUUAUUAUAAUCUUUAUUGCUUUAAUUUGUAAUUGUUAUGGACAAAUUGGAUAGACGAUAUGUUCAGACUUUUAUGAGUCCGAGUGUUUUUAAUCUGGGUAUUGUUAUUGGGAUGACUUUUAAUGCAAUCCACAACCUUGCCAUUUAGUGACUGAAUAGAACGCAUGCAGAACUGGAGGAGCAUUAUAAAUUGGUUGUAAGCCAGUUUCUUAUACUCCUCCUUAAUUUGUAGCAUCUUGCUAUAGUUCUGCCUAUACUAAAUAGAAGAUUUAUCUAUAUAGAUUUAUCUCAGACUUAUCACCAGAAGAUAGAUUCCAAACCUCAGUUACAAUUGAAUAACCUAGUGUGGAAGCAAUGGAAAAGUUAUAUAAACUUGAUUUGUUGUCUAGUUCUAAUUUUGAAUUGAAUAAUAUCCUUGAUUCAUAUCUAAAUCAAGCACCAAUUUUGAUUGGAGAAUAUUCUCACCCAUAUUAUUUGGAGAGGGCAAUUUAUGAAAGUUUACAAAAUGUUAGAGAUGAUCUUAAAAUAAUUAAAUCAGAAAGAAGCGAUACAAUGAUUAAGAUAUUAGAGUUGAUAGAUAUUUAUUAUUAGAGAUUAAACACAUAUUCAGAAAAGUACUCUACUUUUUAUAAUUUUGUGAAUUUCAAUCACAUUCACUUUAAAUAUUUGGGAUUUUCAUUUUAAAAUUUAAUUGAAUUAUCCUGGACCACAUAUCCAGAAAAUGGAUUCUUUUCAUUAACAGUCAUUUACCCAUAAAUAUUUGGUAUCCAAUCAGCCGUUAGUCCUAUAUUCAUGAUCAGAACAACGAAUUAAAUUAACUUAUAAUACACGAUGAAAUGGGCAAUAACUACUACUGACUUUGUAUAAUUAAGGAGGAUUGAUUUAGUCUCUAUGAACUUAUAUGAUGCUGAAUAUUUGCCUAAUUGCAUUAGUGGAUACUGCACAGUUAGUGUAUAUGGACCAGGCAAUUAUUUAUUUGUUACCCCAACCAUUCCUGAUAAUUGCAGUGGCAUCACGGAUCUGACAUUGUGCAUUUUGGCCAAGUGCAAUAUAGUUUCGAAUGCGUGUGUUUGA